AUGACUCUCCUUCGUUAUUUUUUGCCCUUUCUGACUUUCAUAGCAGCCAAUUCUUUUGUUCAUUUUCUAGGAAAAGAAGGAACCGCUAUCAUGAUCACAAGUCGAAAUCUCCUACUUUUUGGAAUCCUUCUUUUGGGCCUGACCCUUAUCGUUCGUAGAAAGAGUUUUCGUUUGAAUCAAAAAUCUGGCUUUCGACUUGUCUUUCUCAUAGAUCUCUCUCUUCUAUUUUCCAUCUCGUUAUUUGGGUGUUGUUUGCGCACACAUUUUCUAUCUCACUUUGGUGUUUAUUUAGAGGAUGUUUUCUCUUUGGUUGUUGUUUGCUGUGUUGGUUCGGGAGGAGUUCAGCCACUUCCUCUUCCGGGCCCUUCCAACCCCUUUACUCCUUUCUUUCUUAUUCGAGACUAA